ACCAUCUUUGUGGCUCUGCGCUGGAUUCUUUCAAGCAAUUCCCUGUCCUUGUUUUCUACUCAUAGCAGCCACUUAUGACUGUGCUAUGUGCUGCUUAGUUAUAGCCCAGUUGCCAGCGUUGGAUACAAUCCAUGCCUGCCAUCCCACACAGCAAAAUAUGUGAAUGCUAGGUAAACAGCAAGGGCUGACUUCUUGCUAAGCACUAUUCUUAAUUGGCUUUUUCACUAAGUAACCCGCAUCUGUGUUUUAUGCUUGACAAACUGAGCACAUCAUAGCAUGUAAUGUUAAAUACUGCUGCUUUUAACUUUGUGUAUUUUUAAGUUUGUGGAGGAUGGGCGGAACGUGUGCUCAUCCAACAAAGAUAACACGCUGUUUUCGUCGAUGCUGUGAAAUGAGUUUUGCGCUAUACUUCAGCACAGGCUUCCGCCAGGUCACACACCGGCUGUGGGCGGAGUCUCAGACUGUGGGCGGGGCCCGAAGCUGCUCUCCAGACGCCGGCGUUGGGGCGCGGUGAUUGAGGGUCGUCAUGGGCAGUAAGAUGGCGGCAGCAGCCAGGGUCGUUCAGGUAGUAAAGCCACAUACUCCGUUAAUUAAGUUCCCUGACAGAUUGAGUGGUCCCAGACCUAAAAUACAGGAAUCCUCACCAGCAAGUGUGCCAUCUGUUCAUGCUUCAAAAGCACAGGAGUCUCUAGGAGGCAGAGCACCACCGUCUGUUAGUAGAGUACAAGGUACACCAGACACUUAUGAAUUAGUAAGAACCUUACCUCAGAAAUACAGAAGGAGACUUAUGACAGAUGAAGAGAUUGGCUAUAUUCAACGUGGAGGUCCAGAAUAAGUAUGGAAGAUAGUUCACGAGCCAUUGUUGGAGAGUGAAGUGUUAUAUUCACAAUAAAGACAUUUCCUUUAAGAUUAAAAA